AUGGCCAAGUUAUCUAACCAGAAAACCACUGCAAAAAAUAACAUUAUUUCUAACGCUAAUGCAGCUAAUAACACUACAGUCACAAAGGUGAAACGAACCAGGAGAAGUGUCCCAAGAGACUCCCCUCCUCAACGUAGCUCGAUUUAUCGAGGGGUCACCAGGCACCGGUGGACCGGCCGAUAUGAGGCUCAUUUGUGGGAUAAGAAUUGCUGGAAUGAAUCACAGAACAAGAAGGGCCGCCAAGUUUACCUUGGAGCAUAUGAUGAUGAAGAAGCUGCAGCACAUGCUUACGACUUAGCAGCACUUAAAUACUGGGGUCAAGAUACCAUUCUCAACUUUCCGUUAUCGACAUAUCCGAAAGAAUUGAAAGAAAUGGAGGGCCAGUCAAGAGAGGAAUACAUUGGAUCAUUGAGACGGAAGAGCAGUGGUUUUUCUCGGGGAGUUUCUAAAUAUAGAGGUGUUGCUAGACAUCAUCACAAUGGAAGAUGGGAAGCUCGAAUUGGACGAGUCUUCGGCAACAAGUAUCUCUAUCUCGGGACUUAUGCUACCCAAGAAGAAGCCGCAACAGCGUAUGACAUGGCGGCCAUAGAGUACCGUGGGCUCAAUGCUGUCACAAACUUUGACCUCAGCCGUUACAUCAAAUGGCUAAAGCCUAAUGGCCCUAACAACAACAUUUCUGGUCAGACUAACCCUAAUGUGGAGGCUAUAUUGCCCAAUGUGACCCAAAACCCUAAUGAUCAAGAACGUGGACUUGGUUUCUUCAACAACCUUGCAUACAGCCCUGGAGAAACCGUAGUGACCACUCAGCUGCCUAGACCAACAACUGCAACAUCAGCUCUGGGGCUCCUGCUUCAGUCAUCAAAGUUCAAGGAGAUGAUGGAAAUGACGACGGCCACCGACUCCAUAUCAUCGCAGCCGGAGCUGGACACGCCGCAGUGCACGUUUCCCGAUGACAUACAGACGUACUUCGACUGCCAAGAAUCGAGUAGCUACGGUGAGGGAGAUGAUCUUAUCUUCAGUGAGCUCAAUUCAUUCAUGCCACCCAUGUUUCAGUGCGACUUCACCACUUAGAGGAGCAUGUUUGGUGGUUUAAUUUACUCUCUUUUGCAAUCUUAUUCACAUUAGGGUUCUUCUUUUUUUUAUUUUUUUUAAUGUGAAUACGCAUGGAACGGACGUCCAUGUCUAGAACAAUGAUGCACACAAAAGAUACGAUUCUUUUGCAUCGUGAAAAUUCACUAUUGAUCAUCAUCAUGUGGGAGCAAGGGUAGGCUAAUUAUUA